GUGGAAAUAUAUUUUGAAAGCUACAAAAAUGCACCGAUGGAAAAUAUAUAAAACCUGGGCACAUUUUGUUGAAAGUCAUUAUUAGUACCACAGCCUUUGUGAAAUGAAGUGUCUUGUGCUUUUGACAAUUUUCGCGCUAACAGUUUCGGCUGCUCCUCUCGAAGAUGACGACAACGGUCGCGUCAGUGGAGAGAAUGGCUGGUAUGUACCCCAGAUUGAUGGUUCCUUAGUCUGGAUGACUACUGAAGAAGGUGAGAACCUUUUGGCAGAAUAUGAGAAGAAUGAAGAAAUUGAAGGACGUGCUUUGAGUCUUUCCCCAGUCACCUAUUACCUGUACACCCAGUCGAAUCAUUAUGAUGGACAAAAAAUUACCGCUGACAAGAUAUCCAUUUCGAAAUCAAAUUUCAAUGCCGAUCAUCCAACACGGUUUCUGAUUCAUGGCUGGACCCAGGGUUAUGAAGCCGAUAUGAAUACCAGAAUUCGUGACGCUUGGCUGUCACAUGGUGACUAUAACAUUAUCGUUGUUGACUGGGGACGUGCACGUUCUGUUGAGUAUGUCUCAUCCGUCGCUGCUGUUCCCGGUGUCGGAAAUAAGGUUGCCAGUAUGAUUGAUUACAUGGCUCGCAGUAAUGGUUUGAAUUUGGAAACUCUCGAAGUGAUUGGUCACAGUUUGGGUGCUCAAGUUGCCGGGUAUGUUGGCAAGAAUGUCGGUGCUGGCAAAAUUCAUGGCAUUGUCGGUCUGGAUCCUGCUCUCCCACUCUUCAGUUACAACAAGCCUAACAAACGUCUCAACUCGGAUGAUGCUCUUUACGUUGAAUCAAUCCAGACAAAUGGUGGAAAAUUGGGUUUCUUGAAACCAAUUGGCAAAGGCGCUUUCUACCCAAACGGUGGCAAGAAGCAACCGGGUUGUGGCAUUGACUUGACUGGUUCCUGCAGUCAUGGUCGCUCUAUUAUAUACUACGCUGAAGCCGUACGCGAUAACAACUUCCCCUCCAUGCGUUGCGCUGACUACGAAGACGCCGUUAAAAAAGAAUGUGGUGGCCAAUACAGUAGCGUGAAAAUGGGUGCCGUCUACAAUUAUGAAUUCGUCAGUGGUGAUUAUUAUGUUCCAGUGCGCAGCACUGCUCCAUAUGGAUUGGGCAACUAAAUAAGUGAUGAAAGUGAUAUGAUUAAAAUAAAAUAAAGACAUGGAAAAUCAAAAAAAAAUUAUUCUCAAGUGUACCAUAUUUUAAAAUUAAGAAUUUGUAGGAACUUUGAUUUAAAUAGUUAACGAAAACGCAAAAAGUUA